GAAGCAUCAGAUCCGUUUGCCUUGGUUGCUGAUGAACUGUCCAUCCUUGCAAAUAGGUUGCGUAAAAUGGUGGUUGCUGAGGUGCCAAAGCUAGCAUCAGCUGCAGAAUACUUCUUCAAACUGGGUGUUGAAGGAAAAAGAUUUCGUCCCACUGUCUUAUUACUAAUGGCAUCUGCAAUUGACAUGCCUGCACAUGCCAUGGCUGGUCUGUCUACUGAUGGAGGCCCUUCUACUAUGCCUAGUUCAUCAAAUGAUUUGCGUGCCAGGCAGCAGUGUAUUGCAGAAAUAACAGAGAUGAUCCAU